AUGAACAUGCAAAUAGAUUUUAAUGUGACACAAAGAGAUCCUAAAGACCGCUCUGGAGGCCUUCAACAUCAGCCUCGCCCUGUGGGAGCAGAAGCCCAGGACAGAGACAAAUGGCGAGCAGCUGUCAACAAAGGAGCAAAACAGUCAGACGAGGAAGAACAGAAUCAACAGAUCUCCCGAAGCCACCACUAUUGCCUUUUCACACUGCCAGAAGAUGUUUCGAUCAAUGGUGAGGCUGAAUGUUUUUUGUCUUUCAUCUACGAUGAAAACACAACACAGAAUGGACAUCUACCAUGUAAAUCUUACAAAUUCAUAGGAAAUUGUGGAAUUGAUGCUGUCUACAAUAGGUACACCGCCGUGUGCUCAAAAUGUUCACCAACAUGUGACUACAAGGGUUGCAGUGACAUUCGUCUGUCACAUGGUAACGUCACUGGACAAUAUUCACUGACGAUAGGUGGCAGCACUGUUCCCGUGCGAUGCGACAUGGAUAUCGAUGGAGGAGGGUGGAUUGUAAUACAACGUAGAUUGGACGGGUCUGUGAAUUUCUACAGGGGGUGGAGCGAUUAUAAAAACGGCUUUGGCAGUCCUAGCGGGGAAUACUGGCUUGGACUAGAAAAUUUACAUACUCUGACCUCUGAGGAAGGAUAUAUGCUGCGGAUUGAUAUGGAGUACAACGACCAGUCUUACUACGCGCUGUACUCGGGCUUUACUAUAGCGUCAGAAAGUGACAACUAUCGUAUGGGUUUCUCUACGUUUUUGAAAGGAAACACAGGUGACAGCCUUGGCUGGCAUAACGGCCAACCAUUUACAACGUAUGACCAAGAUCAUGACGACAAUGUAUUCAGCUAUGGCAACCCUAACUGUGCCAUUGCGUUCUACGGAGCCUGGUGGUACGCCGGCUGUCAUAGCUCAAAUCUCAACGGACAUUUUGGGAAUACUACUUAUGGUAAAGGCAUCAACUGGAGUUCUAUCACCGGUUUCCAUUCUUCUCUAUCUAAAGUAGAAAUGAAAAUCAAGAAGAAUAGAUAGGGUGUUACUUGUUACAUCGUAGAGUGACGAUGUCUAAUACGUGUAACAUUAUGUAGUGGUUUGCUACUUUAAUGUACUGGAUGACACGUUUCCACUUUUGUUGUAGUGGAUGAGAUGAUGUGUAGCUCCAUUAUCAUGCUUGUUGUAGUUAAUGAGAUGAUUACUCUUUUACAGUGGGCUCAUGUAGUAUUGUUGUGAUUUUAAAAAGAAAUUGAAACUGUUUUCGUAAAUGAACUUUUAUCUACUUCUAAAAAUAACUGACCUGACUGUUUAGAGUAUCUGGAACGGUUUGUUUUCAAACUGAAAAAUAAUAAUAUUGACUUCCAUGCAAAGCUCCAGACACUGCCCAUACAUUAUUCUAAAAUGACAUUACACAUGAACACUGUUAUUCGUCUUCUUGCAACGAUUGUCUCGCUGGACAUGUCAUUACUGGUGAUGUUGAAAAUGAGGACCUGAAAUUACUUAAAUUGAGAGGUCCUAAAUUCAGAUAACCCCGGUGUUUCAAUUGGUGACAGGACUUCAUCUCUAUUAUGAACUCUGUCGAAGAUCAUGCCAGACGAUGGGCUGAAUAUGAAAAACAAAAACUGGAUGCCUUAUCAGAAUGGAUAA